UUGGAACUGAGAAGUCACGACAAGACAGUUCCAAAAAACGAAAGUUUUCGUAACACUAAUUAUUUUUAACUAUUCAAUUAAUAACAGAAAAAAUGGAAAACGUAGUAGAUACCCCUGAUAUUUCGGAAUUUAUAAUAUUCGUAAAAAAAUUUGCUGACUUGGUAUGCGUUGAAUUUCGUCAUGAUGAUAUGGAGCAUUGGGACGUUUUCUCGAACAAAUUUCGAUUUUCUCCGAAUGAAAAAGUUGAAGACGGUUUCUUUCCUGUUCGGGCAAUCAUCGACAGCAACGGACACGUUAAACUCAAAGUUCUCAAUUUCAUUGCAAGGGAAGCAGAUUGGAAAAUUCAGAGGACAGAAGCUGAAGUUAUCAUUAGAUCUCUGUCAUACUAUGGUCAUCGACAUAAAUUUUGUCCAGGAAUAUUUUUAGCUUCUGAAUUCUGCUGCCUAGAAGGAGAUCCAUUAUCGAAAACAAUUAUUUUCAGCCAGUUCCCUUAUGAACAUUAUAGAUCUUCACAAUGCUCAUACUUCUAUUCCUCAACAUUUAAAUCAAGUCACAACAAGAUUGUCACUGCUUCAAAAUGCACAAAUUGUAGAAAAAUGUAUUCCAAUAGAAAGGCAGCAAAAAAGACUCAGCUACUACCAAACCCACCCCCAAAGAGAGUGAAAUGUAGUCUCCAAAAGGAAAAACAGGUGGAAGAAAAGAAUGGUGAUAUACAGAGUGCCACAGCAAAUUUGGACAAACAAAGAAGAUCUAACAGAAUAAAGGUGGUGAUAGAAGAGAUACAGAAUGAAAAAGUUACUGGGGAUUUCGACGCUAUUUACUUGCCAGAGUAAGGACAUUCGAGGCUAAAAAAUCGAAGAAAACCUACUCAAAGUAAGAAUCGAUGAUAUCCAGUUAACGAAAUUUCGCUACUAUAGUUAUUACCACCAUUGUCAACCUGAAAACAUUUAAUUGUGAACACAAAAACCAAUUUAACUAAACAUUGGCAUAAAAAAAACAUAAAAAAUUUCUGUAUUAACCAGGUUUUGAGCAUAAACAAAAGAUGUCUUGAUUA